GAUGCAUUUAUUUUUUUUAUCGAUGUUUCUUCACCUCUACUUAAGCACAGGAAAUAUAAAUUGUAUUGCCUUUUAUAUAAUAACAUUUUCCCUACUAUGGAAGAAUACGCUCGGGAACCUUGCCCAUAUAGAAUAGUUGACGACUGUGGGGGUGCUUUUGCUAUGGGAUGUAUUGGAGGUGGCGUAUUUCAGGCAAUCAAGGGAUUUCGUAAUGCGCCUUCUGGUGUAAGCAGAAGAUUGAUUGGCAGUAUGACCGCUAUUAAAACCCGUUCUCCCGUUAUAGCAGGGAAUUUUGCUAUUUGGGGAGGUAUGUUCAGUACAAUUGAUUGUACACUUGUCCACUUUCGGAAAAAAGAAGAUCCAUGGAACUCAAUAAUAAGUGGAGCUGCAACUGGAGGAAUAUUAGCUGCGAGAAAUGGUGUUCCAGCAAUGGCAGGCAGCGCCAUUAUAGGUGGUGUUCUAUUGGCUCUAAUUGAAGGAGUUGGAAUAUUAUUUACGAGAAUUUCUGCAGAUCAAUUCAAAAAUCCCGUGCCACCAACCGAAGACCCUUCUGUUCUUGGCGAUCCAUCAAAUAAUUUUGCUUUUUCGACAAACGCUAAUCAAAAACAGUAUCAAUAAAAUUGUUUUAAUAUUUUUA